AUGUGGAAUAUCGGGGUCCACACUCAACAAUGUAGUUCAGAGACGCCCAGUGCUGCGGAGCUGGUCAGUGCCAUCGAAGAGCUGGUGAAGAGCAAGAUGUCUCUGGAGGAUCGUCCAAGCUCUCUGUCGAUGGAGCAGGGCGACAGCAGCUCCCCCUCCCUCAACCCCUCCGACAACUCCCUCCUCUCCUCCUCCUCGCCCAUCGAUGAGUUGGACGAGCGCAAGUCCGGCUUCCUCAAGAGGAGACAUUAUGUGCUUCUGGAGCUUGUGGAGACUGAGAGAGACUAUGUCAGGGACCUGGGAUCAGUGGUGGAGGGCUACAUAAGCAGGAUGAAGGAGGAAGGAGUUCCAGACGACAUGAGAGGAAAAGACAAGAUCGUCUUUGGAAACAUUCAUCAGAUCUAUGACUGGCACAAAGAUUUUUUCUUGGGAGAACUUGAGAGGUGUUUGGAGGAUCCUGACCGGCUGGCUACUCUGUUCGUCAAACAGGAGCGGAGGCUACACAUGUACAUCGUGUACUGUCAGAACAAACCUAAAUCUGAGCACAUCGUGUCAGAGUACAUCGACACUUACUUUGAAGACCUCAAGCAGCGAAUGGGCCACAGACUGCAGAUCACUGACCUGCUCAUCAAACCUGUUCAGCGCAUAAUGAAGUACCAGCUGCUGCUGAAGGAUCUUCACAAAAUUUCUAAGAAGGCUGGAGUGGACACAUUGGAGCUGGAGAAAGCUGUGGAGGUGAUGUGUGUGGUCCCCAAACGCUGCAAUGACAUGAUGAAUGUUGGUCGCCUUCAAGGCUUCGAGGGUAAGAUUGUGGCUCAGGGCAGAUUGAUCCUCCAGGACACCUUCAUGGUGUCCGACCAGGAUGGAGGACUUCUGUCCAGGAUGAAGGAGAGGAGAGUAUUCCUGUUUGAGCAGAUUGUCAUCUUCAGUGAGCCCCUGGACAAAAAGAAGGGCUUCUCUACUCCUGGCUACCUCUUCAAGAACAACAUCAAGGUGAGCUGGCUGGGUCUAGAAGAAAAUACAGACGACCCCUGCAAGUUUACGCUUACUUCCAGAUCCUCCAGUGGAAGCCUGGAGAGGUACACCCUCCACUCAACAAGCCCUGGAGUCAGUCAAGUCUGGGUCCACCAGGUCAGCCAGAUACUGGAGAACCAGCGCAAUUUCCUCAAUGCUCUCACAUCUCCCAUAGAGUACCAGAGGAACCACGUGGGUGGCGGCGGGCCGGGUGGUCCACCCAGCAGUAGCAGCACCGGAGGACUGCCAGGAGGCAGCAGCUCCAACAGUACCGCCAACAUGGGAGGUGGAGGUGGCGGCGGUGGCUCUGGAGGAUCAGGGGGCAGCUCUUCCUCUCUGUGCGGCCCUCGCUCCCGACCCUCCCGCAUCCCCCAGCCGUCCUCUCGCCUCCCCCAGCCCGUUCACCACCACCACCCCCCGGGCCCCGAGGGGCCCGACAGAUCAGCAGGUAUGUGGUCACCCUGCCACCCUCCCCUUCAAUCCCUCCCCUCUAACCCCUUCUCUGACACCCCCACAAACGGGGAGCUGUUAGCCUCAGAGGUCCCUAAGAUGAGGAUGCUGGAUAAUCCUCAUGGAAGUAACAGUAAUAACAGUAACAGGUCGUCAGGCAGCAUGGAGGGCAGACAAGGCCUCGGAGGCUUUGAGGAAACCCAGAAACAUCAAACAGCUGGAAUACCACAAAUGGCCGUGGCUCCCCUGAACUUGCCGCAAAAAAAACCUCGAAUCGGGACAGUUGCUCCUCUGAUAACGCCUCAGUCGCCUGGAGGAGGAGGAAAGGAGUCGUUUGUCCCCUCCAGUCCAGCCCACAAAGGCAACGUCUUCUGGGCUAUGGUCCCAGCUAUAGCUCCCUCUCACACCAGCCGUCCUGGAUCCUUCUCCUACCCAAGUGACGGUGGAGGAGAUUCUCUGGGCAGAGGAAGCCACGGGACGCCCUCUCAUCACCGCCACUCUACGCAUAGUAAGGACAUAGACCGCAUGAGCACCUGCUCCUCCACCAGCGAACAGUCCAUACAAUCCACCCAGAGCAACGGGAGUGAAAGCAGUAGCAGCAGCAGUGUGUCCACCAUGUUGGUGACCCAGGACUACGUGGCAGUGAAGGAGGAUGAGAUCAGCGUGAUGCAGGGUGAAGUCGUCCAAAUACUAGCCAGCAACCAGCAGAGCAUGUUCCUGGUGUACAGGGCGGCCAACGAGCACAGCCCCGCGGCAGAGGGCUGGAUCCCUGGCUACGUAUUAGGACACACCUCAUCCUCCAUCACGCCCGAGCUCCCUGAAGGAACCAUCAAAAAAUCAUUGUCAUGGCACACAGCGCUCCGUAUCCGACGCAAAUCUGAGAAAAGAGACAAAGAGGGCAGGAAGAUGGAGAACGGCUACCGCAAGUCUCAGGACAGCCUGGCCAACAAAGUCUCUGUCAAGCUUCUCAAUCCCAACUUCAUCUAUGAUGCUCCUCCAGAGUUCCUUAUCCCUGUUGGUGACGUAGCGUGUGAGAGUGGCGACAGUGUCACUCUGAGUUGUAAAGUGUGCGGUCGCCCCCGGGCCACAGUCACCUGGCGGGGACCUGACAACAGCACGCUUAGCAACAACGGACGCUACAGCAUAACACACAGUGAGACAGGAGAGGCAGCCCUGUGUAUCCUCGGAGUGUCUGUUGAGGACAGCGGUGUGUACACGUGUGUUGCCACAAACGUAGCAGGCACCGUCACCUCUUACGCCGGCGUCACAGUCUCAGGUAUCCAGGAUGAUGGCAGUGAGGUCCUCUGGAAAGGCAGCUUUGAGUCCCACUACACAGAGAUCACUGAACUAGGAAGGGGACGUUUCUCAGUGACCAAGCGGUGCGACCAGCGGGGGAGCAAACGGACAGUGGCAGCGAAACACGUCAACAAGAAGCUGCUGCGCCGGGAACAGGUGCUGCAGGAGAUCCGACUCCUGCAGAGUCUGGACCAUCCCAACCUGGUCAAACUGCUGGACACGUACGAGACGUUCAGCAGCUUCGUUCUCAUACUGGACAUGGCAGACCAGGGACGUUUCCUGGACUACAUAGUGAGCUGGGGAAACUUGACAGAGGAGAAAGUGGCCCUCUACCUCCGAGAUAUUCUUGAAGCCCUCCACUACCUGCACGGCUGGAGGAUCGCACACCUUGAUCUCAAACCUGAGAACAUUGUGGUGGAACACGCGUCCUCUCAGCCCCUCAUCAAGCUGACAGACUUCGGUGACGCCGUGCAGCUGAGCCCUCCUUCCUCCUACAUCCAUCCUCUCCUGGGGAGCCCCGAGUUCUGUGCUCCUGAGCUGGUCCUGGGUCAGCCUGUCUCGCUGACGUCUGACCUCUGGAGCUUAGGGGUGGUGACCUAUGUUAUACUAAGCGGCGCCUCUCCCUUCCUGGAUGAGAGUGUGGAGGAGACGUGUCUGAACAUCUGCCACCUGGACUUCAGCUUCCCAGAGGACUACUUCCAGGGCGUCAGCCCGGCUGCCAGGGACUUUGUCCGCGUGCUGCUCCAGGGCGAGCCGGAGCGACGGCCCUCCGCGGCGUCCUGCCUGCAGGAUCCGUGGCUCCGGCCUUAUGGUGUGAUGAACACUGGACACUCCAACUUAAAUCACUCUCAGCCGCCAUCUCAGAGUCAUCAUUCGGCACAUCUGGACACCUCCAGGCUCAUUUCUUUCAUCGAGAGAAGAAAACACCAGAACGACAUUCGGCCCAUUGGCUCCAUCAAGGCCUUCCUAGAGAGCCGCCUGCUAAACCUUUAGGUAGACGUGAGAACAUCCCCAUGUGCUGUGCGUGUCCAGGAAACUUCAGUGGAUGAGUCGCCUGGUUCAGAUGAGCUGUGUUUAAAAAGAAAAGCCUGCUGAGAGGAUCACCAGCAACAUGCCCACAACGAUUUCCCUUUCCCUCAUGAAGCCACAAACGUCCUGCUGCUGCUGACUGACUUGACUACUCUGCUGAUUAAACCCUUUGACUCUCCCCACCUGCCCUAACCCUGGCAUAUUGUCUUUAUGCCUGCACAACAAAUGAACCGUUGGAAUCCAUUUGAGAUUUCGAUCUUAGCAGGGAGAAAUAAUAUUGAGCUUUCUCAUCGAGCCAGCGCGGGCAAGUCUUGCGCUCUGGACAGUGAUAAACAGAGAAAUGAAGAAUACUGUGUAAGAGUAAUUCAGGCUGCUUUCGGUUGAACACAUGAAAGUGUGCUUUGGUUUUUUUUGUAUGGAGAGAUUACUUUUUGUAAAUGAAACCAUGUACAGGGAGGAAACAGAACUGUCUUUAUUCAAUCCCUUUUGGGAAAAACAAAGGUUAGUUAUUACGUUGAAAUAAAACAAGAGAAAUGAGAUGUGCACCCACCAGCAGGGUCCAUUCACUCUAGACGAAGACCAAAACCACGAUCAGAGACACAUUGUAGUUACGUCCAAAACUGUCGCGCAACAAAAAAAGCUACUCGGCAAAGCUUUUUCUCCGAUUUCUACCUGCAUCCGCCUUAUUUGUAAAUAACAUAUUCCUGCCUUUAGUUCUCAUUUUGAAGUCUCACAUGAACUAUUUUGUUUGCCCGACAUUAGUGAGCCCAUGCAGUUUGGGGAGACAUGUCGCUCCCUGCGGCCCCUUCAGCCGCCCGGGUUUUCUUUACGGACAAAGCGCUACUAGAAAUGCACUUGUAAUUUGCAUCGGCUCCCAUGUGCAAUGUUGCAGCUUUAACGUUUAUGCAACUAUUUAUGAAGACUUGUGUUGUAGCGGUAUUCUCAAAAAAAAAAGGAAAAAAAAGGCAUGUACGUACCUGGUACUGCAGUAGGUGUCUGUAUUGUGUUAACUCUUACGUAUUAAGUUCAGUACUAAAAUCUGCAAACCCCCCCGCCCCCCUCCCGUACCCCAAGAGGAUUUUCAGAAAUAAUGUUUGAAAAUGUGUAUCUAUAAAAUACAGGCACUUACGCUUUCAUUUUGUCACUGUUACGUUUUUAAGUUUCUGUAACUAAACCAAAGUUGACUUUGUUUUCUUUUUCCUGCUAAAAAGUGUUUUAUUUUUAACGAUUUCUCAUGUUAAGUUAUGACAGAGCACACUGAACCCAGAUAUGAGUGUUUAAGUAGGUUCAGUCUGGUUUUAUUUAUUCUUAUUGUGAUAAGAAAUUGUUAGGUGUUAUUGCUAAAACAAAUAUUGCUUCACUUGGUCUUUUUUUGUUUUAUUUCAAGCUGUGCACAAAGUGGUUUGCUGUGUGCGUUUGUUUGGCUUUUGUAGGUAGAUGCUGGUGUGCGUUGCUAGAUAUUAUUUCACUUUUUUAUUUUGUCGCACCUCAGUUCGACGUCAUAAGACAGAGUUGUCCGACAUUUUUUACCGAGCAAUAGGUCUGGAAAAAAUGCCCAUCAUGGCCCACCACCGUGGAAUUGAAAUGAUCGGGGAGUGCGUUCCACUCUCAAGGAGACACAACAUUUCAGAAACAUCCCUUUGUCCGCUCACAGGUAUCAGCCAUGAACGAGAUCUCUUCCCAUUGUUCUCAUUUGACUGAGCUGAUAUUUGUUAGGUGAAGAAGUUGUUGAAAACUUCUUUAAAGUGCCAGUUCAGUGACUGACCUAGAGAGGUGGCUGAAACUGAAAUCACACAUGGUUUGUCAUUUUAUUUUGAAGCUUGUAAGAGUUACUGUCAGAUGAUCUGAUUUAAUGCUAAAGAAGUUAAUUUGUUGAGUUGAACGACUCUUGUUGGUCUGUACAGUCUAAGUCUCUCAUUUUGUGUCAUGUUUAUUUAUUGGUGUGAGUCUGUGUUUCCCAAAUUCAUGCUGUUGUUACCUUUAUUGAAUCUUCUUAAAGCCUAUUCAUUUCAAAUUAAAAUAAAAGAUAAAUAAGAUAAGUAAUAAAAUGCCUUUGGGAAACCCAGCCAGCUCAUAAUGUAAAGAUGUACAGAGAGGGUCGGGCAGUUUGCCCACCGCCCGGGAUGUAAACUCAUAAUUAUGUCAUAUUUUACAUACACAUAGGAGAAGACUGCAGCAAUGUCAUUUUGAAUGUCUUAUUAUGACUUAUUCUUACUUUUGCAUGUAUAUUUCUUUGUACAGAAGAUUGUGUUUACAUGUUAUUACGUGUUGUAAAUAUUUUAUUUCGUCCUCUGUUAUUUUGCCAUUAAACGUACAAGGAACA